CCACCACCAAACCACGACAAGCCGGAGAAGAAGCCCCGGAAGAAGUGGACGAUGGAGGAGACCCACAUGCUCGUCGCUGGAUGCAACAAGUGGGGCGUCGGCAAUUGGAAGUCCAUCCUCAACGACCCCGAAUUUAAGUUCGACGGACGGUCGCCAGUCGAUCUGAAAGACCGCUUCCGCACGUACUACCCCGAUGCCUACAGGCAACACUACCCGAACGCCAAGACGCACCUCUCAUCCAAGGUCCGCUCCGCGCUCCCAGACGGCACCUCCAUCUUCGAGAAGACGCGCAGCAAGAAGCGACGUCCCUUCACCGAGGAGGAGGACCGCGCCCUCAAGGCCGGCUACGACAAGCACGGCACCGUGUGGGCGACGAUCGUCAAGGACCCCAUCUUUCAGGCCCAGAACCGCCGAUCUACCGAUCUGCGCGACCGCUUCCGCAACGCAUUCCCCGACCUCUACCAAGCCGCGGGCUACAAGCCCCGCAACACGACGAAGAAGACUUAUAAGGGUAGUGGGGGAAAGGAUCAUGGGCCCGCGCAGCCGCUGCGCGCCGCGACGGACGACGCGCUCGCGUCAAGCAGCUCGACGGGGCCCGUGCGGCGGAAGAGGCGGCAUACGGACCAAGGCUUGUUUAGGGGCGGCACGAAGAGCGUGCCGGAGAGCGCGAAUGUGUCAGAGGACGAGGACAGCUCGGACGACGAGGACGGACCGGCGCCGUUCCUCCAGGACGGCCCUGGGGGCACCCCACACAUGACCGGCGACGAGAUGGUCAUGAGCCCCGAUGGAGAGACGAAGGAGGUCGAGAUGCAGAUGCUGGACUCGCUCAACGACACGCUCACCAUCCCCGACUUCAUUCCCAGCUCGUCGCUCUCGGAGCUGACCGACUCGUCGCAGACUUGGUCGUCUGAGAUUGACACCCCGGUACACUCCAGCGUGUGGUCUACGGCCACGAACGCUGCUUCGCCCACUUCGUCGCAUCUCUCCGCCACUGACUACUUCCAGAAUUCUCCGUUCCAGCGACGAAACGAGUCCGGGCCCAUGAUCGGCAAGUCCGCGUGGGGACCUCAGGACUGGCUCUCCGCGAAUCCGCGCCUCGAGCCUUCGUCGAGCAGCUCAUCGUCCUAUGUUGGCAACUUCUCUCCGGCCCCGUCAUCACCGUUCUCCUUCGCGCACCUCAAUCACGGCGUUCUGGACCGCUACGACCUCUUUCCUACUUCGUACGCGCACGACUUCGCCUCAGAGGUCGGCAUCGGCGACACGCACUCAACGUUCUCCGACCCAGAUAUGUUCGCCCCGAGCAGCUUCCGGGGGUUCACCCACCACUCCAAUUACGCCGGUGAUCUCAUCUUUGGUGCUCGUUCACACCAACCACAGCAGUCCGCCGACUACGGCCCCGGGUUCGGCUUCGGGGGCGGCGCAGCUCUCGGGCUCUCAGGGGUGCAAGCCCCCCAAAGCCACGCUGCUCUGCGCACGCCAGCCCUUCCCGGCAUUGACGAGAUCGAGCUCACGUCGAUCACGCUCGACGACCCCGACACCUCUGUCCCUAUGGAAGAGACGAUUGACACCGCCGUCCCGAAGGACCCCACGAGCCCCGAGGGCUCCCUCAACCUCUCCGACCUCACCACGUUCGCCCUCCCCUCGCAGACCCUCGAGGAGAUCAUCGGUCUGACGCAGGAGAUCCACGUCACCCCUCCGGGAACCCCCCAGACGCAUGCGCACACGCGGGACCGCAUGGCACGCAUGCAGCAGGCGGGCGUGCACCCUCACUCGCUCGCGUCGCAGCACAGCCGCUCGAUCUCAGUCCCUCCGUCAGAGCACCGCGCGUACGAUUACGACCCGCGCGCGAUCCCGCAGAGCCAGCAGAUCAGGCCGAAGCCACUCGUGCCGCCCACGAGGUCGCUGUCGCUGAUGGACUACAUGCCGAUGCAUGCCCAAGCGGGCGAGCAGCCCGCCGCGGCGGGGUCGGCGGAGCCGAAUGGGGUGUUCGCGUCGCUGACGGGCUCGGCGAACGAGCUGUGGAAGCACUCGAACGGCGCACCCUCCGGUCUCUCAGCGGGCGAGAACGGGAACAACUACGACCUGCCGUUCCUCGACCUGCACUACUACAACACCGCGCAGGGCGGGCAGGAGAUGGAUCAUGGCAACGGGGACGCGCACCAGGCCCAGGCGCUCGACCUUGCGCAGAGCUUCGCGGCGCAGAGCAAGACGCUGUCGCUGUCGCAGCAGCUCCCGCCGACGCUCGUGCAGCACAUCCCGAUGUUCGCGAACUGGCAGAACGCGCUGAGCGAAGCGGCUUCGGGAUCGCGCAUGGUGUCGGCGCAUGCGCACCAGCAUCAGCGGGGGCAGAGCGUCGUAAGCCCGCAGGACUUGCUGUUGACUAAGGGGGAUAACAAGCGGAAGCGGUCGAGUUGGGACGGGGGGCCGCGGUGAAGUGUCUGCCUCUUCUGUCACGUGUCUCUGACGUGACGGCGCACUGUCCCUGCGGUUGUUUCUUCCCGUGCGCAAGUCGUUUCGUCCUCGGGCUAUUGCUAUUUGCCAUAGUUAUUGGGCUUUUGGUCGUGCGACUCGGUUGUGAAUUAUUGUGAUUCGUGGAUAAGGGUUCGUUUGGAUUGCUAUCCUGCACGCUACGCUACUCCUCUUCACCUCCUAACCUCCUCUGUCGAUCUCCCCGACCUUCUCAUGCACUCACUCGCUCUCCCACCGUCUGCCUCUAACUCAUCCCCCGUUCUUCCGUUCCUAUAUCCUCUUCCUUGAUACGCCAUCUCUCAUCGUGAUCCUGCCAUCCUCUUCCCCACUUGCCCCAUUAUCCGGAUGUCUCUGCUCAGUCUGUCGGAAUGUUCGAUUUCUCUGUCUAUUGCUUCUCCUAUUCUCGUCUUUGCAUGUCGCAUACCUCCGCAUUGCUCACCAUGUUCCCUGUGUUCACCAUGCCUAUCUCAAUGCAGCACGCAUGUU